GUUAUUAGCCUUUCAUCGUUUACAUUCCAGGCCUGCAAAGAUUAGGCCCGGCGCUGCAAACAGUAGACAGGAAGCCAUGGCCCUUUCCUGUUUUUAUUCCUCAUCUGACAGCAAAUCAUACAUCUCCAUCCCUUUACUCCAGUGCCCUCUGACGACCAUACGACACAAUGCGGCUUCAAGCUCCUUCUUGGACUGAAGCGCCAUUUGCCAGCCUCAUGUAUACCCACUUGCCCCACUUGCAAAGUUGCUCAAUGGCGCAUGAUCUAUUAGCGCUUAGCUUGCCUGGCUCACACGCACCAAAAAAAAUCAACUUUGAUGGGUUUGCUUUCCAAAUCCUCCCUGUGCUCUCUCCUCCCCUCGCCAGUGAAUUGAAGCAGGCGCUGGACGAGGAGGGCAAUCGCUGCAUGCUGCUGUCACGCCAACACCACUUCAACCAGCGCUGCUGCAUCCGAUGCUGCGCGCCCUUCAGCUUCCUGCUCAACCCCAAGCGACGGUGUCGCGACUGCCUUUACAACGUGUGCAAGGCCUGCAGGCUCUUCAGCAAGGCCGACAAAGCCUGGCUCUGCUGCGCCUGCCAGAAGAGCAGGUUGUUAAAGAAACAAUCGCUGGAUUGGUUCUACACACACGUAAAAGGACGAUUCAAGCGCUUCGGCAGCGCCAAAGUGUUGAAGACCAUCUACAGGAGACAUCUGGCCAAUCACAGUCCAGUUUCGGAGCUCACAGAGGGAAGUGCGUACGAAGAGAGCGUCUGCAAUGAAAGCAGUGUCUAUGACAGUGACGCCGCCUUCUAUACACAAACUGAAGAGCACAGCAUGGCAGAGACGCUCACUGUGGCCCUACGGGUUGCAGAGGAGGCCAUAGACGAGGCCAUUUCCAACGCAGAGUUUGACGCCUGUCAGGAGAACCAGAAUGAAGCCCACUACCUACGUGAACACAGAGGAGAGCUCAUUGAGGAGCUGGCCAAAACAAUAAUGCAAAAGAUCAUCUCUAGGAGGGAGACUUUGGCUGACAUGAAGGAUGAGUACGAGCAUGAGAGGUCACUUGAGCACAAUGUCCAUCACCAUGGGGGUGACUCGUUUAAACACCUCAAAGGCCUCUGGAGGUCGCAGUCAGCCUUCUCGCUGAUGGAAGAUAACCGAGAUGCUCGUCAGACAUCACCCAAGGAUGGAGGAUCAGGCAUGUCAUCUUGGACCAGUGUCGAGCGAUUCGAAAACUCUGGAGGUGUGUCUUCUGUGCUGAAGAGCCCAGACGGGAACUGGAUCGCCCUGCAGAGUGCUCAGCUCUCCCGCCCCAGCCUGCUGGCCAAGAGGAAGAGUCUGGUCUACAGCGCCUUGGAGAGGGAGUCCGGAGCUGUCUCUGCUUAUGAAGGCAUGGACUCUGACAAUGAAGUCAAACCUGAGCCAGAUACCUCGUGGAGCGCUAUCCUACAGGAGUUUCAAAGAAAGUUGACUAGCUCUAAAGUCCGUCGAGAUGCUGACAACAGAAAAGAUGCUGAGUCACAGUCCAAGGAAAAGCUUUCAGACAAUACUGUUAAGAAGCCUGAGAUCAGACGACCGUCCUCUUACAGGACCGGCAACAUCGACAUCAACUUCAACGGGAAGGUUGCUACGGAUGAAAGCGCAGUUGGAAGUGAGACGGCAUCUAGUAAAGCGAAGAGAUCACGAAGGAAGAGAAGAAGUAAAAGAAGAGCAACACUUUCUGGGCCUCUUCUGAUGGAUUACAAUAGGAAAGACGUCCACUCUUGUUCUCCCUCAGAUGGCGACACUCCUGACACUUUGACGCCUGACGUGGUUACGCCUGAUCUGCUUCACCAGGACAUCGGCAUCAGUCAAGAGGACAAUGAGCUCACGUCAGACAUGCCACAACCUUCAGAACACAUCUCCGACUCCUUAGAUUAUGUUCUUUGCAAUGCAAAAAACAGUGGUGAUGCAUGGGAGAAAGGAACACGAAGCCAAGACGAUGACGAGGAAAAGAUGGCGGUUGACUUGGCAGGACAGACAGGAGGGGAUGUAAAAGAGGAGGAAGAUGACGACGAGAUGGAAAUUAGGUUAUAUAAACUGGUGGCGAAGUCAAGACUAGCGUACUUCUCGUCCACUGACGACGAACUAGACAGGGCAGGAAGAAGUGAAGAGGAACAAAUGUUUGAUGGUGAAGGUCAGGAUGAAGAGAACAAAGGACUAACCCACAAACUCUGCAGGCUAGAGAAGGAAGUCCGAUCUACCGUGCUCUCCUCCACAGAAGAUGAGCUGGACCGAAUCACGGAUGAGGAAAAAGAGGACGACGAGGAAGAAGAGGACAGAGAGGAGCUGGCGGUAAAAGUGUGCCGAUUGGCCAACCAAGCAGGUGCUACCCAAUUUUCCUCAACUGAGGAUGAGCUGGAUCGCGAGGAAGGGACUCACGAAGAGACACUGUGGAGGCUGCAGGAGGACAAGGCAGCGCAGGCCACUCAGGUGCGCAACCUGGCCAGUCUUGUAAGUGCCUCCCAGUUCUCCUCCACCGAGGACGAGCUAGAUCGAGUCGGAGAAGAUGAGGAAAAGAUGAGCCAGGGCGUUAUACCAUGGGUGGAAGCGUUGGGAGGACACUGGGAAUCAAUAAGGGAGGAACAAGUCAGCAGGAGUUUUUCUGAUGCAGCAAUGGAAGAACUGGAUGAUGACAUGAUAAUAUCAGAAGAGACAAGAAUAACAAUAAAGGAACAUGAUCAGCCAGGGGUAAAUAAGUUAGAUCCAAUAGGAACACAGAUGGUGGAAGCAGAAGACAUCCAAGAAGCAGGCAGUUGGAAGUGGGAGAUAGACGAUGAUGAAAUUGAGUUCGAUAAAAUAAUCAGCAGCAUGCUGACGAUGACACUGGAGGAUAUGCAGGAGAAGAAAGAGGAAAGAAUGACAGAUGAGAAGAGGAACAAGGACACAGAAGCUGACAAGGAGAAGGCCGAUAAAGGGAUGAUAAGCGAGGUAAGGAAGGAGGAAACAUACACAGUUGAUAACAGGAAACAGGAGAAAAAGACUGACGAGAAUGGUAGCAAGGAUAUAAAGACUGACUGGGGGAACAGUGACAUGAUGUCAAACAAAGAAAGGAACAAGAACACAAAAACAGACAACAGGAAAGCAGGAAUAAAGACUGACAAGGAGACAGACCAUGAGGAAAGUAUGGAUUUGAAGAAAGGCAAGAACAUAAACAAUGACACAAUGAAGGACGAGGAGGCGAAAGAUAUUUCAAUGACAAACGAGGAAAGUAACAAGGACACUAAAGAAGAUGAAAAUAUGAAUGAGAAAUGUGUGGAUUCAAACGCAGACGAAAAUAUGAACAAAGACACAAAGACUGACGAAGGGAAGAAAAAUAUUGCGAUGGCAAAGGAGGAAAGGAAUGAGUACACCAGGGAGGAGAGGAAUAACAACACAAAAACAGGUGAGAACACAAACCUGAAGGAUAUUGUGAUGACAGAGGAGGAAAGGAAUCAGAACACUAAAGAGGACGAGAAGAGGAAUGAGGAUGCCAAAACAGACAAAGAGAUUGGAAAUGAGAAAACUUUUGACAAAAUGGCAGAUGUGAAUAUGAACAAAGACACAAAGAUUGAAGAAGAGAGUGAAGGUAUUACGAUGACUAAUGAGGAAAGGAAAGAGAAUGUUAAGGCAGAUGAAAGGAGGGGGGAAAGUGUCAAGACUGUCAUAGAGACAGAAAAUGAGAAAAGUGUGGAUUCAAGAAAAGAUGAAAACAGGAGUAAGAACCCAAAGACUAACAAGGAGAGGAAAGAUUUUGAGGCUGGUGAGGACAUGAACGAGAACACAAAGACUAAGGAAGACGGGAAGGAAUUUGCAACGUUGAACGAAGGCAAAGAGAACACUCAGCCAAACGAGAACUUGAAUGAAGAUAUCAGGACAGACAAAGAGACGGAAAAUGAGACAAGCGCGGACACAAAGGUUGAGGAGAACAUGAACAAGCCAGAUGAGAGAGGGAACAAAAGUCUUAAGACCAAUAUACAGACACAAAAUGAGAAAAGUUUGGCUUCAAGAAAAGAUGAAAACAGGAACAAGAACCCAAAUACUGGCGAGGAGAGGCAAGAUGUGAUGACAAACAUGGAAAACGAUGAGAACACUAAGACAGACGAAAACAGGGACAAUGAUGUCGAGACAGACAGAGAGAUGGAAAAUGAGAAAAGUGUUGCCAAAAACACUGACAGGGAGAUGAAAUGUGUUACAAUGACAAACACAGCCAGCAAUGAGAGCAUAAAGGCAGACAAAAACUUGAAUGAAGAUAUCAAGACUGACAAAGAGAAGGAAAAUGAGACAAGUGCGGACACAAAGGCAGAUGAGAACAUGAACGAGAACACAAAGACUAAGGAAGACGGGAAGGAUGUUGCAACGUUGAACGAAGGCAAAGAGAACACUAAGCCAAACCAGAACUUGAAUGAAGAUAUCAGGACAGACAAAGAGACGGAAAAUGAGACAAGCGCGGACACAAAGGUUGAGGAGAACAUGAACAAGCCAGAUGAGAGAGGGAACAAAAGUCUUAAGACCAAUAUACAGACACAAAACGAGAAAAGUUUGGCUUCAAGAAAAGAUGAAAACAGGAACAAGAACCCAAAUACUGGCGAGGAGAGGCAAGAUGUGAUGACAAACAUGGAAAACGAUGAGAACACUAAGACAGACGAAAACAGGGACAAUGAUGUCGAGACAGACAGAGAGAUGGAAAAUGAGAAAAGUGUUGCCAAAAACACUGACAGGGAGAUGAAAUGUGUUACAAUGACAAACACAGCCAGCAAUGAGAGCAUAAAGGCAGACAAAAACUUGAAUGAAGAUAUCAAGACUGACAAAGAGAAGGAAAAUGAGACAAGUGCGGACACAAAGGCAGAUGAGAACAUGAACGAGAACACAAAGACUAACGAGGACGGGAAGGAUGUUGCAACGUUGAAAGAAGGCAAUGAGAACACUAAGCCAAACGAGAACUGGAACGAAGAUGUAAAGACUGACAAAAAGACAGAUUUUGAGAGAAGUGUGGACACAAACGUAGAUGAGAACAUGAACAAGGCAGAUGAGAGAGGGAACAAAAGUCUUAAGACUGGCAUACAGACAGAAAAUGAGAAAGGUAUGGAUUCAAGAAAAGAUACAAACAAGAACAAGAACCCAAAUACUGGCGAGGAGAGGCAAGAUGUGAUGACAAACAUGCAAAAAGAGACGGAAAAUGAGACAGGUGUGGACACAAACGUAGAUGAGAACAUGAACAAGGCAGAUGAGAGAGGGAACAAAAGUCUUAAGACUGGCAUCCAGACAGAAAAUGAGAAAAGUGUGGAUUCAAGAAAAGAUAACAGGAACAAGAACCCAAAUACUGGCGAGGAGAGGCAAGAUGUGAUGACAAACAUGGGAAACGAUGAGAACACUAUGACAAACGAAAACAGGUACAAUGAUGUCAAGACUGACAGAGAGAUGGAAAAUGAGAAAGGUGUGGCCAAAAACACUGACAUGGAGAUUAAAUGUGUUACAAUGACAAACACAGACAGCGAUGAGAACAUAAAGGCAGAUAAAAACUUGAAUGAAGAUAUCAAGGCUGACAAAGAGACGGAAAAUGAGACAAGUGUGGACACAAAGGCAGAUGAGAACAUGAACAAGAACACAAAGACUUACGAGGAUGGGAAGGAUGUUGAAACAUUGAAAAAAGAAGGCAAUGAGAACACUAAACCAAACGAGAACUUGAAUGAAGAUAUCAAGACUGACAAAGAGACGGAAAAUGAGAGAAGUGUGGGUACAAAGGCAGAUGAGAACAUGAACGAGAACACAAAGACUAACGAGGACGGAAAGGAUGUUGCAAUGUUGAAACAAGAAAGGACAGAGAACACUAAGCCAAAUGAGAAAUGGAACAAAGAUGUCAAGACUGACAAAGAGACGGAAAAUGAGAUAUGUGCGGACACAAAGGUAGACCAGAACAUGAGCAAGGCAGAUGAGGGAGGGAACAAAAGUCUUAAGACCGAUAUACAGACAGGAAUUGAGAAAAGUGUGGAUUCAAGAAAAGAUGAAAACAGGAACCAGAACCCAAAGACUGGUGAGGAGAGGCAAGCUGUGAUGACAAACAUGAAAAACAAUGAGAACACUAAGGCAGAUGAAUACAGGAACAACGAUGUGAAGAUAGACAGAGAGAUGGAAAAUGAGAAAAGUGUGGCCAAGAACACUGACAAGGAGAGAAAAUGUGUUACAAUGACAAACAUAGAAAAGAAUGAAAACAUAAAGGCAGACAAGAACUUGAACGAACAGAUCAAGACCGACAAAGGGACGGAAAAUGAGACAAGUGUGGACACAAAGGCAGAUGAGAACAAGAACACAAAGACUAAUGAGGAUGGGAAGGAUGUUGAAACAUUGAAAAAAGAAGGCAAUGAGAACACUAAGCCAAAUGAGAACUUGAAUGAAGAUAUCAAGACUGACAUAGAGACGGAAAAUGAAACAAGUGCGGACACAAAGGUUGACGAGAACAUGAACAAGGCAAAUGGGAGAGGGAACAAAAGGCUUAAGAUCGAUAUACAGACAGAAAAUGAGAAAAGUUUGGAUUCAAAAAAAGAUGAAAACAGGAACAAGAACCCAGAGACUGGCAAGGAGAUGCAAGAUGUGAUGACAAACAUGGAAGAGAAUGAAAACAACAAGGCAGACGAGUACAAGAAUGAGGAUGUCAAGAUGGACAAAGAGAUAGAAAAUGAGAAAAGUCUGACCACAAACGCUGACAAGGAGGGGAAAGAUUUUACGAUGAAAAAUAUGGAAAGGAGUGACAACACUAAGGCAAACGAGAACUGGAACGAAGAUAUCAAGACUGACAUAGAGACAAUAAAUGAAAGCAGUGUGGACAUAAAGGCAGAUGAGAACAUGAACACGAAGGCUAACGAGGACGGGAAAUAUCUUGCCAUGUUGAAAAAAGAAGGGACUGAGAACACUAAGCCAAACCAGAACUGUAGCGAUGAAGUCAAGAUUGACAAAGAGAUUGAAAAUGAGAUAUGUGCGGACACAAAGGCAGACCAGAGCAUGAACAAGGCAGAUGAAAAGGGCAACAAAAGUGUCAAGAGUUUCAUAGAGACAGAAAAUGAGAAAAUUGUGGAUUCAAGAAAAGAUGAAAUGAGGAACAAGAACCAACAAACUGACGAGAAGAGGCAAGAUGUGAUGACAAAUAUAGAAAAGAAUGAGAAUGCUAAGACAGACAAAUACAACAAUGAGGAUGUCAAGAUAGACAAAGUGAAGGAAAAUGAGAAAAGAGUGGCCUCAAAUACUGACAAGGAGAGGAAAGAUGUUACGAUGACAAACAUGGAAAGAGAUCAGAACAUUAAGGCAGAAGAAAACUGGAACACAACUGUCGAGAAUGUUAAAGAGACAGAAAAUGAGAAAAGUGUGGACACAAAGGCAGAUGAGAACAUGAACAUGUACGCGAAGACUAACGCGGACAGGAAAGAUAUUGCAAUGAUAAACAAAGAAAGGAAUGUGAACACUAAGCCAAAUGAGAACUGGAAAGAAGAUGAAAGGACUUACAAAGAGACUGAAAAUGAGAAAAGUGCGGAAACAAAGGCAGACGAGAACAUGAACAAUGAAGAUGAGAAGAAGAAUAAAAGUCUCUGGACUGAAAUAGAGACAGAAAAUGAGAAAAGUGUGGAUUCAAGAAAAGAUGAAAACAGGAACAACAACCCAAAGACUGAUGAGGUGAGGAGAGAUGUCGAAAUGACAAACAUGGAAAAGGAUGAGAAGACUAAGGCUAAUGAGAACAAAAACGAGGAUGUGAAGAUAAACAAAGAGAUGGAAAUUGAGACUGACGCUGAGGAGAAAGAUGUUACGUUGACAAACGAGGAAAUAAAUGAGAACACUGGGAAAAACGUGAAGCGGAACGAAAAUUUCAAGACUGACAAAGAAGCAGAUUGGGACAAGGACCCAAAGACUGACAGGGAGAGGAAAAAUGAGACAAAGACAGACGAGAACACAAAUGACAAUGUAAAUACAGAUGAGAAGAAAGAGGAUUCAAAGGCUUUUGACAACGGGAACAGCAAUGCAACGACAGAAAAGAUAUCAGAGAAUGAGAACCCAAAAAAUGAUACAACAACUGUCAGUGAGGGGAAAGAAAACAUGGUAAUGAAAAAUGAAAAAAACAAGGAUGCAAAGACAUACAAUAUGAAGAAAGAGGAUAGGAACACUAAGAACAGGAAAGCGGACAUUAAGACAGACGAUGAGGAGAGUGUGGACUCAAAGACAGACGACACCUGCAAUAAGAACACAGAGUGCAAGGAGCAGAAGAAAGAUGUUAUAAUGACAAAUGAGGGAAAGGACGAGAAGAGAAAUGAGAACAGCAAGGAGGAUAUGAAGACAGACAAAGAGAAAAUUGAUGAGACGAAAGAGGACCAUAAGACUGAAGAAAACAGGACAAUGGACACAACGACUAUUGAGAGGAAAGAGAUUUUGGUGACAAAGAAAGAAAGGAAAGGAGCUGCAAAGACACACAAUGAAAGAAAUGAGGAGGAGGAGGAUGCCAACCCAAACAAGGACAGUAAAAGAGAACUUGAAAAACAGAAAGAGGAGACAAAAAAAGAUUGGAACGAAAGCACAAAAACCAACAAAGAAAAGGCUAUGGCAAAUGACACAAGUGAUGGGGACACAAGGAUAGUCGGUAGGAAUGGGGAUACACUGAAUGAUGAUGAGAGGGAAGAACAAGAAAAGGCAUAUGAAAACAAGAUCAGGGACGCAAAGGUGGAAAAGGAGAAAGACGAAGACCCAAAAGAGGACACAAAGGAGAGGAAUACGUUGACAAUGACAUAUGUUGUGAAAGAUGACUCGGAGACAGGCAACAACAGGAACAUGGAUGAAAAUAGAGGUCGGGAGAGUAAAUUUGAAAUAGAGACAAAUGACGAAAGUAGUGAAGAAACAAAGAUGGACAAGAGUAAGGACAAGGCAUCUUGGGAGGACCUGAAGGGUGACAUAAAGAUAGAUGAAGGAACAACAACAAACAAGAAUAGAAACAAGGCAGCUGAGGGCCACAUGCAGGGCAUAGAUGAAAUAAAGACAGACAAGGAGACAGACAAAAAUAAGAAAGCAGACUUUGAGGUAAAGACAAAGAAAAUGACAGAGGACAUGCAGCCAGACAUGGACAGAAAGGAGAAAGUUGAGACAACAGGCAAGAAUUGGAACAAGAAUUCAAUGAUAGCCAAAGAUGAGGGCAAGGAAUCAAAUAAAACUAAAGACUGGCAUAACGAUAUGAAGACGGACUUGGGCUGGAAGAAAAACGUGAAGACAGACAAUGAGACGACAAAGGCAGAUAAAGACAUUAACAAGAAUGAAAAGGCAGCAAAAUUUGGCAAUGAGGAGCACAAUACAGAAACUGAGAUGGAAGAGAACCAGAACAGACAUGCGGUCAACAAGGAAGAGACAAAGAACGACAUAGAUGAUGCAAAGAAAGAUACAAAUAAGAAGAAGGAUAUGAAUGAAGAUGAAAGGAAGGUGGACACAAAGAUAGACAAUGAGAAGAAUGAAGAUUCAAAAACAGACAAGAACAGGAAUAAGAAUAGGAAAGCCACCAGUAAGAGCAAAGAUACAGAUACAAAGACAGAGGUGUGGAUUGAAGACUCGAAAACAGGAAAGAAGAGGGACAAGAAUUGGUAUGAAAAAAGCAGGAACCAGGAUGACAAGAUCAACAAGGAGAGGAAAGACCUCUUGAGGACAGCAAAGGACAGGCACAAAGACAGCAAGAGUGAUAAGCAAAUGAGUAAAGACGCAAAGACAGACAAGGCUACAGGUGGAAAGAGGGUUAAAGUAGACCAAAUGAGUCCAGUUGAAAAUGCAGGUGAGAGUGCUGAGCUUCCACUCAGUCUUGCAACUGCUAGACCACAGGAACAAAAAGUUGCAGCCGAAGACAGAAGUGGAAACAUGAGUGCUACAGAGGAUGGUUUCCUGUCAAGGGAAGAGUCCAGAAAUGCUAGUAACACUUAUGUGUACCAUGCUGUGCACGUCAUAUCAAGUCUGCUAGAAAUGAGGAACUCGGCAGCGUCCCUCUGCAGCAUAACAACUGAGGUCCUGAAGGUUCUGAACGCUACCGAGGAGCUGCUCCAGGGGGUGGAGGGCCGUGACGCUCGCCGCCACUCCGCCCCAUCUUUUCCCGCCAACACUGACCCCCAAAAACUUGAUCAGCAGUUUUCCUCACUGGAGGAGAAAGUGUACAUGGCGGCGGGCUCUGUGUACGGUGUGGAGGCAGAGCUCAACAAGCUGGAGGAGCGGGCCAAGGACAUAUCCAGCAGAACUUCCGAGACGGAGCUGUUCUUCCUGGAGGAGCGAGUGGCGUCGGCAGCUGCCAGGGUACAGCAGUCUGAACUACAGAUUAGUGAUAUUUCCGCAAGGAUCGCGGCACUGAGGAGCGCCGGACUCGACGUAGACCCGCAGUCCCGCUUCGCCAAGGCCAGGACUGUCCCAGUCAUGCCUCUGACGCUGAGCUCAUCCAGACAGCUGAGGCGACGACUGCCUGCACUCCCUCGUCCAGAAAACAACAAAAACUAAUUCAAGGACAAAAGACUGCCACAGUGCCUUUUUGACUGGUGCCUUCCUUUCUGCUACAGUUUGUCGUGUACUAGAGAGAAAACGUUGCAAAAUAUAGCCAAUUUGUCACAAUUCUAGGGAUACUUUUCAUCACAGUGCAGAAAUAAAUGAAUUACCAAAACAUGAUUAAAGCAAAUGUAUAUUCCCACUGUGUUGAUGUAUCACUGUAAUGUAUAUAUUUGUGUAGCAGAAAAUCAGUAGAAAAUAAAAGUUAUGCCUGAAAAUGAAUGAUAGAGGAGGCCUUUUUGACCCUGCACAUGAGGGCGGGUUGAUUUGUAUUUUGGAAAAGAGGAAAUGACACAGGGCAAAGACAUUCCGCCAUGAGCAGGAAGAAGUUUCGAGGGGGAAGCCUGACACAUAACAGCGAUCUUGGCCAGAGAGUUGGUCCGUGUUUGUUUUUGCAAAUAGCAUUAGCAGUCCACCGGCACACGCAAAGCCUGCAUAAAAACACUUACUCAUUUUCCUCAUAGAGGUAUAAAUGUGAGAGAAGGCCGCGUCACAAGGCAUUCUGGGAGUCAAAGUUCAAGUCAGGAGCUCUCCGAGCAUAGGAAGCGCUCCCUCGGAUCAGGGACGAUGAAGCCUUCCUUCUGCUCGCUCUCUCGUCUGAUGGUCAUGACAAACGACUGCUUGGGGUCGAUGACCGUAGCACCGUCCAUGCCAUGGGGCUCCACCUCGGCGUAGGAAGGGUGACCCGAGCCGCGGCGGAACUUCAUGGUGGGCCAACGAGCCGGACGCCGCUGCGGAUGACCACAUGGAAUGUGUUGUGCGUUCAAAAGUCAGUCAGUUAUUAUUUAUGACUUCCCUACACCCAGUUUUAGUGGACAGUGAGAUAUUUGGUAAGCGUAUCCAUCACGGGCAAACACACAUAAAAUGUCAGGGCAAGUAACGCCAUAGCGACAGGGAAAGUGCGAAAGUGGUAGUGGUAGCAUCCAGAGAAUUUUUUGUCAAAUUCCGUCCCUCAUAUCCUUUCAUAUUCAGGAUGAAAUUUGACUUUAGAAGACAUGGCUGUAAAAAUACUUCCUUGGCUUAAGCAAGAACACGCACACCAAUGAAAGCGAAUGCUUGGUAGGAGUAAAAAAAUGAGCUUUAUACAGUACCUUGC